AUGACACGUGAAAUUGGCGACAACAGUAGCAGGAGCACCAGCAGCACCAGCAGCAGCGGCAACAGGAGCAACAGCAGCAGCAGCAGCAGCAGCAGCAGCAGAAGCAGAAGCAGAAGCAGUAGCACCGGAUUAUCAGACGAUGUGGAGAAGAAUUACGACGCGUUUUGGGCUUUCGCGCUCGCGAGUUCGAACACGUUGCUAUGCGUUAUGCAUAGCCUCGGAUAUUGCGCCCAAGAUCAUAGGCUGAUUACAAUAAUCGGCGAGAUCUUGGAAAUGCGCGCGGACUGCGGGCAUGUGGAAUCCGAUGCGGGGAGGCACAUCGCCGAUUUCAGACAUCGUAAUACUUACGGUGUGAAGAAAUGGAGAGCACGAAUCGAGGCGACACCCUCCGAGAGCGACAUCGAGGUCAUAGACUUAGGCGCCGAAGCAGAGAAUGAAUCGGAAGAGGAUAACGCCUCACAUAGAUCCGUGAGUCCGGCGGAUCCAGCGAUCUUUACGCCACUAGAGGAGAUGGAGAACGAGGAGGAGGAGGAGGAGGAGGAGGCUAGGCGAAGAAGAAGCGCAGCCUUUCGAUUGGGACAGCGAUAUCGGGUAUCAGCUGAUGCGGGAAGAGGCUGGCGAGGGGCAGGAGGAAGAGGAGGAGGGGAGGAAGAGGAAGUACAGAUUGGCGCCGGUGCUAACCGACCCUCUUCGCAAAAUGAGAGAGAGGAGAAUUCUCCAGCGGAAGAAGAAGAAGAAGAAGAAGAAGAAGAAGCCGAACUCUCGCAUAAUUCCUUGGAGAACAACGAUAAUCACGCCGACAACGACGAUGACGACGACAACGACAGAGCCGAUGGACUACAGGCGGAAAACUCGCGGCGAUUUCGAAACUUCGAGAUACUCGGUCGGGAGGCGAGUUUUAAAAUACGUGCGUUGCCCGAGGGUAGCGAUACCGUACGCUGGAUAGAAAACGCGUUCCGUGAAAUUCACGCGUACACGAUUCGUUCGAGCGCCCCGAGCGAUUACGUGGGGUUAACGUUCGAUUCGGUGGAUCUGACGCACGGCCCGGCGGGGCUAUCCUUUCGUCCGGUGCGUGACUUGACCCACGAGGACAUAUGGGGACUCGUGAGUUCGAUAGCGCAGAGCGCCGCGGGACUCGAUAUCGCCGAAAGUUUCAUCGUACGCGUUUUUAACGUCGCGGCGCCCACGGGGCGCGGGGGCGUGUCAAAUAAAUUGACGCGAGAGGACGUUGCUAAGCGCUCGAGUUUGCAGCUCGGCAAUACUGAUAAUUUGUGCCUGCCCCGAUCACUCGUAGUGGCGCGAAUUUAUUGCGAGCGCGGAAAUCUGCGCGAGGGAGAACUCCACAAAAGGUGGAAUUCCGUAAGAUACCGGAGUUCUAAAUUACAGCGGACAUUAGCGUUAGAACUGACGAGGAACGCCGGUAUUACGAUACCCGAGGAGGGAUGCGGGAUUCGCGAAAUCGAGCGUUUUCAGCGGUUUCUCGCCGCUGAAAAUAUAGCGGUAUAUAAUUUUAGCACUUUUGCGCGCGGGGGGAAGCUAUUGUACGACGGCUGCGAGUUACUUGGCUCUCUAGGUCGCGAACCCACCCACCGAUUAAAUAUAUUGUAUUACGAGCGUUCGCGUCAUUAUAACCCCAUCCUAAAUUUAAAGGCCGCCGCCGGUUCUCGAGGUGGAUAUUGCGUGACGUGCAACACGGGUUUUCGUAACGACAGAGGCCAUCGCUGCGCGAAAAGGUGCCCGCGAUGCUACGCCGCGGCGUCGUGCGAAGAUCGUGACGCGGAGAUCGUCAAGUGCGCGUCGUGUAAUCGUUCGUUCUUCGGUAAUUCGUGUUUCGAGCGUCAUCGCGCGGAAAAAUCCUACGACGGUAGAUCGAGCACGAGCGUUUGUAAAUCCGUUCGAAUUUGCGACGGUUGCGGGCGAUUCGUAAAAUCGAACUCGCUACACAGAUGCAACGUAGCGUAUUGCAAGACGUGUCGCUCGUGCCAGUCCACGAAUCAUCUUUGUUUUAUGCAGCCUCGUCGAUGCGCGAAAAACCGUGCGCGCGAAGAUCCCGGGGAGGGUACGAGCGCGAUAGAGACGCACGCGAACGAAACCGACGAGACAUCCGCGACGGCGUCGGCGGCGGCGGCGACAGACGCAAACAGGAAUCGCGUCGCAUUCGUGUUUUACGACUUCGAAACGCGACAAGACGAGACGCUCGAGGGUUGCGAGAGCGGAAAGAUCCAUGUGCCGACUCUUUGCGUCGCGCAGCAGAUUUGCGAAGAGUGCUCGACGAUAGAGGAUACGACGUCGGUGCGAUGCCGCUGGUGCGGAGUGCGCGAAUUCGUAUUUCGGCACGAUCCGGUAAAACAGUUUGUCGAUUUCGCCACGCGUACGACAAAGUAUUUCAAAAAGAUCAUUUGUAUCGCGCAUAAUGCAAAAGCGUUUGACGCGCAGUUUAUUUUAAAACACCUGGUAGAGGACGCGAAAACGAGGGAAGAACCACGGGUGAUUUUGAACGGGACUAAAAUUAUCGUAAUGACGGUCGGACAUACUAAAUUUAUCGAUAGCGUGAAUUACAUGCCGAUGCGCUUGUCCGAUUUACCAAAAGCUUUCGGGUUGCGGGAUACGGCGGAUAAGGGGAUCUUCCCGCAUUUGUUUAACACGCGCGCGAAUCAAACGUACGUCGGUCCGUUACCCGAAGUACGAUAUUAUUCUCCCGAACAAAUGAAACCCGAGGAGCGCGAACGGUUUCUAACGUGGCACGCGGAGAUGACGCGUAAAAAUAUCGUUUUCGAUUUUCAACGCGAGAUAAUCCGGUAUUGUCGCAACGACGUCGAUAUCCUCCGACGCGCGUGUUGGGCUUUCAGAAAGAUCUUUUUAGAACGUGGAGGCGUAUGUCCGUUCGAGGAAUGCCCGACUAUCGCCUCCACGUGCAUGAGGAUUUUUCACAAGAACUUUUUGCGCGAAAAGGAAAUAGGACUCAUCCCGGUGGGGGGAUAUAGAUACGCCGACAAUCAGUCGAGCAAGGCUCUACGAUGGCUGGUGUGGAUGGAGCGCGAGCUCGGUCAUCGUAUAAUCCACGCGGGUCGAGGACGCGAGUACCGAAUCGAAGGCACGCGCGUCGACGGGUAUUACGAAUCGAGGACCGCGGGAGAUACGAACGAGACGCGGCACUGCGUGCUGCAAUUCCACGGGUGUUUUUGGCACAGCUGUCCGGCGUGCUUUCGGCUGAAUCGCGAUAAACGACUUUCGGGUCGCGAAGACACGAUCGACGCGCGCUACGAGCGGACUCUCGCGACGACGUGGCGUCAUCGAAAACAGGGAUACCACGUGACGGAGAAAUGGGAGUGCGACUUCGACCGAGAGACGCGCGAGAAUCGCGAGAUGCGGGAUUUUUUCCAGAAUCAUCCGUUGCUGAAAUCCCCGCCUCUCGACCCUCGCGACGCGUUUUACGGCGGUCGUACGGGAAAUAUCGCUACGUUGCGUGAAAUCACGGGUAACGAGAAAAUACGCAACGUAGACGUGUGCUCGCUGUAUCCGUACGUACUGAAAACCGGCGCUUUCCCGAUCGGGCAUCCCGACAUUUAUAUCGGACAAGAAUGCUCCGCGUUAAUCGGGACAGCGCCGAAUUACAAUUUCGACUCGGUCGAGGGUCUCGUUCGCUGCAGAGUACUCCCCCCGCGCGAUCUCUUUCAUCCGGUACUCCCGUAUCGCGUACGCGGCAAAUUAUUGUUUGGCCUCUGUCGAAGUUGCUGCGAAACGUUCUCGCAGGACGCGUGCACCCACGAUCACCCCGCCGAUCGCGAAUUUGUCGGCACCUGGGUAUCCGCCGAAUUGCGCAAAGCCCUCGAGAAAGGCUAUCUCGUGACGGAGGUGAGUGAGCUUUGGCAGUACAAAGUCACGCGAUACGAUCGCGUUACGCGGCAGGGCGGUCUGUUCGUCGAGUAUAUAAAUUCAUUUUUGCAACUGAAGCAGGAGGCCAGCGGAUGGCCGAGCGAAUGCGCGGAUGACGAGGCUAAGGAGCGUUACUUGCGGGAAUACGAGGAAAUCGAGGGUAUCGCUCUCGAUAGGAAUAAUAUCGCUCGAAACCCCGGUUUACGCUCGGUCGCGAAACUCUGUUUAAAUUCGUUUUGGGGAAAAUUCGGCCAGCGAAGCAAUCUGCCGAAUACCGAGAUCGUGAAAUCGCCCCAGCGUUUCGCGACUCUGCUCACGAGCCCCGAGCACGAAAUUACCAAUAUACUCCCCGUCAACGACGAGCUGCUAUAUGUCUCGUGGCGGUUACGCGAAGAGGCAGUCGCGGCUUCGCCGAUGACGAACGUCGUGAUCGCGGCAUACACGACGGCGCAAGCGAGGCUAAAAUUAUACGAAUACCUCGAGCUAUUGGAUAGACGCGUCUUGUACUACGAUACCGACUCGUGCAUAUAUGUAAGUACAGGCGAACCGGACGAAUAUGAGCCGCGUACGGGAAAUUUUCUCAGCGAUAUGACGGACGAGCUCGAGAGUUACGGACGCGGUAGCUACAUCGAGUCGUUCGUGUCGGGCGGUCCGAAAUUUUACGCGUAUAUCGUUCGCACGCCGGAAGGCCGUACGCGCGAGGUUUGUAAAAUAAAGGGGAUAACUUUAAAUUAUAAUAAUUCGUUAAUCGUAAAUUUUAAUAGUAUUAGGAAAUUACUGACAGACAGAGGUUUGCCACGUCCGGAGGAUUAUUCGAACGAUCCGCUUUCCCCGAAAUUGCUGAUAAUCGACGAUCUUAUGAGGGAAUCGUCGUCGAGCGACGCGAUCGUGGAUCUCAUCACCAAAGGCAGCCAUCAUAAGAAUCUCAGCGUGAUUCUCAUCUCUCAAAAUCUUUUCCAUCAGGGGCGCGGGCAACGCGACAUAUCUCUCAACGCGAAUUACAUCGUUGUUUUUAAAAAUCCUCGCGAUCGCGCCCAAAUUCGUCAUUUGGCGCGACAAGUCUCGCCCGACGAUCCGAAAUUUCUAGAAGAGGCCUACUACGACGCCACGUCGAGACCGCACGGGUAUCUACUGCUCGAUCUGAAACAAUCGACUCCGGACGAAUAUCGAUUUCGCACCUGCAUCUUUCCCGACGACGCGACGCAUUACGUCUACGUAGCGCGUAAAUCAUUCUCCAGCGGAUACGUAUAA